AUGGCUGUAACGGUAAUAUUGCAUGACUUUUGGUUUGUUGGUUCGGAACAAAAGUUACUGACAGACAAGUUUCAAUCUCUACCCCCAGUUAGAUAUCCAAUUUCUUAUCAAAUAUUAUGUGCAUCCUUUGCAACUUUAACAACUAAUUCAUGGACUGUGUAUGAGGAGGAAAAAAUUGAAGAACCAAGAAUGGGACCUUCAGGAUUAUUCCUCUCCUGUAAAAAACUAUUCGAUAUUUAUUUACGCUUGGUACGUGACUAUGAUGGUUUCAUAGAAGAUGAUUCAUUGCAAGAGGGACUUUGGAAGAAUUGUAGAGCCACCGAUUUCUAUGGUGAACAACCAGAGGAGAUGAAAACAGCUUUCAAUUCUUUAUUCAAAACUGGAGUAUUCAAAAGUAAAGACAAAUUAAAAGAGCUUGAGAAUGAAGAAUUGAAUCAAGUAAAUAGAGCAACAAGAAACAUUGAUAAUGACAUGAUAGGAGAGGGUCCUUACACAAAUCGUGUACUGAACUGGUUGAAAUAUGUUAAUGGACUUGAAGGAGGUGAUGAUUGGGGUGAUCAUGCUCUGGUUUUUUAUUUUGAAAUUAAGAGAACCAGUUCAGAUUACCAUGGCAAUGAAUACCAAGAUGACCUUCUCCCAAUGUUAUGUUCCUGUAAAUAUAUGAAAUAUUUCUAUGAGAACAAGAGAAAGGAGAAAAAAUUAAAAUAG